AUGAGUUUCGGUCGUCCCCCAAGCUUCACCACCUUCUCCGCACCUCCUCCCGACCGCGGCAGUUUCCCUCUCGACCACGAUGGCGAGUGCACGGUGUUCAUGAAGGAGUACCUGAACUGCCUCAAAGAGAACCAGAAUAACAAUGGCAAAUGCCGACACAUCUCAAAGCAGUACCUCAGCUGCCGCAUGGAUAAGGGUCUCAUGGGAAACGACGACUUCAAGAACUUGGGAUUCCACGAGAACGAUACUCCCAAGACUGCUGCUGCUUCAGCGACAGCGGCAACGUCCUCGCCUAACAACGACGCGUCGACUACGAAAGAAUCACCUUCCCAAGGGUCUUCCUCCUCGGCAGGGAAGAGCGUAAGCUAA